CGCAUUGGAUCGUGUGGCGAGCAAGACAUGAAUCGAUUCAUUGCUUUGGUUGUGCUCUAUGCUUCCUCCUUUUAACGUGCCCUUCUUGGCGACAAGGUUUCUUUCGCCGCCUCCUCCCUCUUAUCUCCUACUCCCUUCCCUUCGUCAACUCCAAAUCGUGUGGCUCUCACUCCAAACCCCCCCUCUCCCUCCGCCGCGGUGGCUCCCAUCGCAUCCACUUCCUCCUCCGCCGUCGUUCCUAGUUGUCGCCGUCCCCUUUCCUACCUUUCGCAGCGCUGCUAUGACCACCCCGCAGGCCUCCCUUCUCUUCCGGCCCCUUCCCUCUCUCCCCCUCUCUCGCCCUCCCGAGCGGCUCCACCCCCGAUCCUCCCUCCGCCGCUCCGCCGCCGUCUCGAUCCGCUCUCACCGCCGCCUCGCGCAUGCUCUCGCUCUCCGCGCAUUGUCUCCCGAGAGUGCUGAAUCGGCGCUUGAAUCCACCUCCCCCUCUACAGAUCGAAGCUUUGAUCUUUCUCAAGAGAUUGGUGGAGACAAUUCGAGGAGGGAGCCAGUUGAGGCUGUUCUAGACGGAGAGGUUGAAAAUGGCGCUGCUCCCGUGGAAGACCCGUCGAACGGUAAGAUGAGGAUCGAGAAUAAAUUGCCUCUUGUGGUUUUCUUGAUGAGAGUCCUGGCUUCGGCCAGGAAAGGCUUCGAUGCCUUGGUGAUGUCGGAAUGGCUGAGCUGGUGGCCCUUUUGGAGGCGGGAGCAGAGGUUGGAGCGCCUGAUUGCAGAUGCUGAUGCGAAUCCCAAGGAUCCCUCCAAGCAGAGUGCCCUCCUUGCGGAGCUCAAUAAGCAUAGUCCUGAGUCAGUCAUCAAAUGUUUUGAACAAAGAAGUCAUGCAGUAGAUAGCAGAGGAGUUGUGGAAUAUCUUCGAGCUCUUGUUGUAACUAAUGCUCUUUUAUAUUAUCUUCUGGAUGAGAGUUCAAGGAAACCAUCUAGUCUUCCUACACUGUUGCAAGAGUUGAAGCAACGUGCAUCAGGAAAUGAGGAUGAGCCAUUUUUGAAUCCUGGAGUAUCAGAGAAGCAACCGCUACAUGUGGUUAUGGUUGACCCUAAAGCAUCUCACAGAUCAUCGCGGUUUGCCCAAGAACUCCUCUCAACUAUCUUAUUUACCAUUGCUAUUGGCUUCAUGUGGGUACUGGGUGCGGCCGCAUUGCAAAAAUAUGUUGGGAGCUUAGGUGGUAUUGGGGCAUCUGGUGUUGGUUCAAGUGCCACAUAUGCCCCUAAAGACUUGAACAAAGAAAUCAUGCCAGAGAAGAAUGUGAAAACUUUUAAGGAUGUUAAAGGUUGUGAUGAUGCCAAGCAGGAGCUCGAGGAAGUAGUAGAGUAUCUUAAGAACCCAACAAAAUUCACUCGUCUUGGGGGGAAAUUACCAAAGGGAAUUCUCUUGACUGGAGCUCCUGGCACUGGAAAGACUCUACUUGCAAAGGCUAUCGCUGGAGAAGCUGAUGUGCCAUUCUUCUAUAAAGCAGGUUCUGAGUUUGAGGAAAUGUUUGUUGGAGUUGGAGCACGUCGUGUAAGGUCAUUAUUUCAGGCAGCUAAGAAAAAGGCACCUUGCAUCAUUUUCAUUGAUGAAAUAGAUGCUGUCGGUUCCACUAGAAAGCAGUGGGAGGGACAUACUAAAAAAACAUUACAUCAGCUGCUUGUGGAAAUGGAUGGUUUUGAGCAGAAUGAGGGAAUAAUACUGAUGGCUGCUACAAAUUUGCCAGAUAUACUUGAUCCAGCAUUGAUUAGACCUGGUAGAUUUGAUAGGCAUAUUGUUGUUCCAAGUCCUGAUGUACGGGGUCGGCAGGAGAUUCUGGAGCUUUAUUUGCAGGAUAAGCCAUUAGCUGAUGAUGUUAAUGUAAAUGCACUUGCACGUGGUACUCCUGGAUUUAAUGGUGCAGAUCUUGCGAACUUGGUAAAUAUUGCUGCUAUUAAGGCUGCAGUAGAAGGUGCUGAAAAAAUAAAUGCAGUACAAUUGGAAUUUGCUAAGGACAGGAUAAUCAUGGGUACAGAGAGGAAAACUAUGUUUAUUUCUGAAGAAUCAAAGAAGCUCACUGCUUACCAUGAGAGUGGUCAUGCAAUUGUUGCACUUAAUACUGGUGGCGCUCAUCCCAUACACAAAGCAACCAUUAUUCCUCGAGGUUCUGCACUUGGGAUGGUGACUCAGCUCCCUUCUCAAGAUGAAACAUCCAUUAGCAAGAAGCAACUAUUAGCGCGCCUUGAUGUUUGCAUGGGAGGAAGGGUAGCUGAAGAACUCAUCUUUGGUGAAGAGAGUAUUACAACUGGUGCUAGUAAUGAUCUGCACACUGCUACAGAACUUGCCCAUUACAUGGUGUCAACCUGUGGAAUGAGUGAUGCAAUUGGCCCAGUGCACGUCAAGGAACGGCCAGGUUCCGAGAUGCAAUCACGAAUAGACGCAGAAGUUGUCAAACUCUUGCGAGAGGCUUAUGAGCGUGUUAAACGGCUACUAAAAAAGCAUGAAAAUGCACUCCAUGCACUAGCAAAUGCACUUCUCGAAUAUGAAACCCUCAGUGCAGACGAGAUUAAACGAGUCCUCAAUCCAUAUCAGGAAGUUCAAAUCUCUGAACAACCACAGGACUUUGCUUUGACUUGAAGGAUAUCAAGAGUAUCAUAUUAUUUUCUCUUUUUUAUCUUUUGUCUUAUUGUAGAGUAUGUACAGUAAUGCAAACCUAGGUCCAUUCUUAGACGUGUCAUCUACCAUAUUUAUUAUGAUCUGCUCACAGGAUAUCGCCCACCUGGUCCUGUUACAUGACGCAUUAAAUGAGUAAAUAGAGGAAAAGAUGGCAUCAUUUUUUUAGGGAUAGAAUCUGCAGGAGUUGUAUUUCUUUCUAUGUUCGCGUUGGUAUUUUUUUUUUCAUUUCUAAAAAUCUGUAUAAACCAUGAGAACCUAAAUAAAUAACUCAGGGCUCAAGUUCUUAUGCA